CACACAGGAGCAGAAGGGCGGGACUAAAACUCACUAGUGGAAUAAAAAAUGAAUUGGAUCACGUGCUUAAGUUUCAUCCCUGUUGGAGCGCGUGGAGUCGUUUGAAUUCAGCCCGUGGCGCGAGGUCAUUCCAAUUCAGGGAGUAAAGAGAAUGAAACUAUGCGAUUUUAUGGAACUAGACGGGAACAAAGAAAUCUAAAAGUGUAAAUGACUGGUUUUGACGGUCAUGAUAAUCCUGGAGAACUUUUGGAGAGAUGUAUCAGAGCCAGGGGAGUGCAGCUUUCACUUACGGACUUUACACAGACAUGGCAGCACGACUGGACCUGAGCACCACCACCUACAUGCACAAGAAGAUCACAGAUGCAGUCACAUCUAGCCCCAAUGCUGACUUCGUCCCAUCCAGGCCGGAUGAUGAAUGGCUUCUUGAGUCCUCUCUCGUCUCAGAAUCUCUAGUCUCAGAAGCAGAGUGCUGGGACACCAUGGCCUCCUUUUUGCCCUCUUCACUGCCAAACUGUCCAUGUCUUCUGUCACAGUGUUUCAGUUCAGAGCCACUUCACUCUGGGACACGAGACAGAUCUCACGAUCCAGACAAAGAACACAACAAUCAGAGUAGAUCUGUUGAGGAGUGUGAGAGGAGGAGAGUGCGCAGGGAAAGGAACAGAAUAGCUGCAGCUAGAUGUCGGGAUCGUCGACGCAUGCUUACGGAAACAUUACAAAACGAGACUGAGCAGUUGGAGCAUGAGAAGGCUCAGCUAGAGGCAGAGAUUGCCAGGCUAGAGAGGGAGAAAGAAAGGCUGGAGUUGGUUCUGGAGGCCCAUAUGCCUGCCUGUAAGAUGGAUGGCUCUAAUACCGAAUAACCAUCAACCCUGAACAAGUUCAUAACUGAAUCUGCAGGUUCAGAUCAGUCCUUAUAUCUUAUAUUUUAGUUUAAAAAAGUUGAAAGGCAUUUGUGUUACCAUGUUAAACAUAAGUAACAUUAUAUUUUGCAUGUUGCUUACAAAUAUUACUAAAUAGUACAUUUUACAUUAGAAGUUAUACCAUAAGUCAGAAGAAAAUCCUACUAUUUCAAAAAAACGGUUCUGAAAUUAAAUAAUCAAAGUUUUAGCCACUCCAGUGGAUAUGAACUUGUAUAAAAUGGUCAGCAUGGCCUGACAUAGAAUGGCCAAUAAAAAGCUAUUUGUUUAUUCUUAGUGUUCUUUUCUUGGUUCAUAAAAAAUGUCAUGUGUCUUGUGCAGAAUACACAGUCAUCUUAUCUGUUUCCAGUUUUCACAUCAUUAAAAAAUACCCUUUAUUCCA